AUGGGAUUAGCCUCAUCUUUAAGAUUCCGUAGAAGAAACAACAAGACCUUCCUCAGGAUCUUUAUGAUCUUGGUUCUAAGCUGUAUACCAGGUAGAACCAAUCUCUGUUCCAACCAUUCAGUUAGCACCCCAACAGAUUUACCUCCUUCAAAUCAUCCACAUAUCUAUUCCUCACUAGAUUCACUAGAUUUGGAAGGUUACAUAAGCUUCAACGAUGUUCACAUUGCGGCCAAGGACUUUGGCAACAGAUACCAUUCACCACCUUUGGCGGUUCUACAUCCGAGGUCAGUCUCUGAUAUUUCAUCAGUGAUGAAGCAUAUACUACAUCUUGGCUCUACUUCAAAUCUUACGGUAGCAGCCAGAGGUCAUGGUCACUCGCUUCAAGGACAAGCUCUAGCUCACCAAGGUGUUGUCAUCAGCAUGGAGUCGCUUAGAAGUCCUGAUAUUAAGAUUUACAAGGGGAAGCAUCAACAACCGUAUGUGGAUGUCUCAGGUGGUGAAUUAUGGAUCAACAUUCUACGAGAGACUCUAAAACAUGGUCUUUCACCAAAGUCUUGGACAGACUAUCUUCAUCUGACCGUUGGAGGUACUCUGUCUAAUGCUGGAAUCAGUGGUCAAGCCUUCAAGUAUGGACCUCAAAUCAACAACGUAUAUCAGCUAGAGAUUGUCACAGGGAAAGGAGAAGUUGUGACCUGUUCCGAGAAGCAGAAUUCUGAACUUUUCUACAGUGUUCUUGGUGGGCUUGGACAGUUUGGGAUAAUCACCCGGGCACGGAUCGCUCUUGGACCAGCACCGCUCAUGGUUAAGUGGAUCAGAGUACUUUAUUCAGACUUCUCUGCAUUUUCAAGAGACCAAGAACAUUUGAUUUCAAAGGAGAAUGCUUUCGAUUACGUUGAGGGAUUUGUGAUAAUCAAUAGAACAAACCUCCUCAAUAGCUGGAGGUCCUCAUUCAGCCCCAAUGAUACCACAGAGGCAAGCCAAUUCAAGUCAGAUGGGAAAACUCUGUAUUGUCUAGAAGUUGCCAAAUAUUUCAACCAAGAAGAAGCCAACUCUAUCAAUCAGGAAACUGAAAAGUUACUCUCAGAGUUGAGUUAUAUUCCAUCAACUUUGUUCUCAUCUGAAGUGCCAUAUAUUGAUUUUCUUGAUCGUGUGCAUAUUGCGGAGAUUAAACUAAGAGCAAAGGGCUUAUGGGAGGUUCCACAUCCUUGGCUUAAUCUCCUGAUUCCCAAGAGCAGAAUAUUUGACUUUGCUACAGAAGUUUUCAACAACAUCCUCACAAGCAACAACAACGGACCUAUCCUUAUUUAUCCGGUCAAUCAAUCUAAAUGGAACAAACGAACAUCAAUGAUCACUCCAAACGAAGAUAUCUUCUAUCUCGUGGCGUUUCUUCCAUCUGCAGUACCAAAUUCCUCAGGGAAAAACGAUUUAGAGUACCUUUUGAAACAAAACCAGAGAGUUUUAAGCUUCUGUGAAGCAGCAAACAUCAAUGUGAAGCAGUAUCUGCCUCACUACGAGACACAAAAAGAGUGGAGAUCACAUUUUGGCAGCAGAUGGGAGACGUUUGCAAAGAGGAAACAUGCCUACGAUCCUCUAGCGAUUCUAGCUCCUGGUCAGAGGAUUUUCCAAAAGGCAACACAUUUAUCUCCCAUCCAACUUCUCUAA